AUGCCGAAGAAGAAUAAUUCUAAGCGACCACAAGCCAGCUCUAUGAAACCUACAACUCCACCUCGAAUGAUACAGCUGACGUCGUCAGAUGGAAUCUUAUUGCAAGCGGACAUUCGUGCACUCAUUCUCUCCAGUACUCUCGCCUCUACCAUCAAAGAACUUGGUUACGAUAAAGAAGAUUGCACCGAUUUCAAACCAUUACCUGUGAAUAAUGUCAUCGCGUUCACCUUGAAACUAGUAAUUGAAUGGUGCGACAAACACAAAGAAGAUGAUCCCGCCAUCGCACAGGCUGAAAAGGACAAGAAAAACAUAUUCAUUCCAUCCUGGGAUAGACACUUCCUUGGCCGACUUCCUAUGUCAAAUCUCUUUGACUUGAUUACUGCCGCCUAUCAUUUGGAUAUUACUGGACUCAUCAACUAUGGCUGCAAAACUGUUGCUAAUUCAGCCAAAGGUAAAUCAACCGAAGAGAUGCGUGAGCUGUUCGGAAUUCCUGAGCCAUGGGAACAACCCUCAACAUCUACUGCCACUUGGGACGACUGA